UAUAUAAGGGAUUGCGUAGGUAAGACCCAUGAGUCGUAGAAAGUUUACACGAGAACUAAUAUUAAAGCUAACAAGUUCAUAAGGAUUUAGUUGUGUUCAAGUGUUCGUUGGUUAAGCGUAUUUCAGAAUUAAAUACUGUAAGCAUGGAUUACCCGACGAAGGAAAAGCUGCAGCUGGCCGAACACGCAGUUCCUCCCGCCCCAGGAUCCUCAGAGGCGUCAGCAGAGAAACCCGAAGAAGAAAGGACCUGCUGUUUCUGCUGCAGUUAUCGGGCGGGCAGCAUCACCGUCGCCAUCUUCUACCUGCUGGUGAGCUUAACUGUCUUAGGCCUUGCAAUCGGUGUCCUCUGCAGUGCGGAUGUGAGACACAUUGGAGCCACGUUUUUUGUCGGACUUGGUGUGCUGAUUAUUUCAAUAGUCCUUAUCUCCUUGAUGUUAUACGGUGCCGUAAAGCGCCGUCCCCAGUACCUCCUACCCUGGGUUGUCUGGGAGGGAUUAAACAUCGGCUUCGGAUCGGCGGGUUUGGUCAUCAGUCUCUUCAGUAUUGGCGCCGUUGGACUCGUGGGCUUAAUUUUCUUUGCUCUCCGAGGCUUCUGCCUUUACGUCGUCCUGCAGUACCGUAGCCAGCUGACGGCCCAGCCUCCGAGGUCAGAGGUCAACGCUCAGGCCUAAUUUGCGAAGAUGCAGCCUCCUCUUCCUCCCGGGCUUGGCUUCGGGAAAUUUGUGAAACCUCUAGUGUUUCAUUAUGCGUUUUAUCUGCUUUAGCCCAGUGCAUGUUUGUUUGUGUGUUUGUAUGGAUAGAUGUACCUGUAUGUGCAUAGAUCGUGAUUGCCUCUUAUAGUUCUUACAUUGCUAUAUCUACAUUUAUAUACAUAUAUAUAUACACGCAGAGUAUUCUGACCACUAAAACAUUAUUGUAAGUGGAAAAAUAGAACCUACUAAUGGAUUUUGCUAUUUACAAGCGGUUACAAACACAACAAAACAGCAUAAAUGGCAGAUAAAAAAUGCAGUAAUCUCAUACGCAUCCACACACGCAUAAAAUGUAUGUGUUCAUAAAUAAAUAUAUAUUUAUAUAUGUGUGUGUUUGUGUAUAUGUUUGUAAAUUAUUGUUUACUUUUGUUAUGUUAUAAUUGUUUUUGUAUUCCUUAUGGAAUAAAAUCUGUAUCCUUA